AUGGCCGGAGCAACGGCGAGAAUUCCGACGAGGCACCGGAUUUUGACGUGGGGUAAUGUUGAAAUCGGGAAUUCUAGAGACCCUGUGAUGAACUUGUCCAGCACAGUUUUUGGGUUUCUUGAGGAAGAGGGCCAAGGGUCUCUAGAGAGUAUUAGUAGUGAUGACUAUGGUGACAAUGAUGUUAUGGAGUAUAACGAAGAGAGAGAAAACUCAGCAAGUGUUGGGGACAAGAAGAGCUUCUGGGAGACACAGCACCAACUUUUACAGGCUACAUUACGUAGGACUAGUUCUUUAGAAACUAGGAUCCGAAAUGCCACUAAAGAAGCUAUUAAGGAGUUUCAACUGGCUGAGAACGUGUGUAUUUGCCUGAGACCGGUGGCGACUGGUUGCCGGAACUGUCUGAUGAGAGAGGUAUGCAGUCGUCUUCAAAAUGCUGGUAUCAACAGUGCAAUUUGCAAGUCUAAGUGGAGCAGCUCACCGGACAUUCCAUCAGGUAAACACACCUUCUUGGACGUUGUGGAUAGUUCAAAUUCUAAGAAAACAGAACCGAUCAGAGUAAUAAUCGAGUUGAAUUUUCGAGCUGAGUUUGAGAUGGCGAGAGCAAACGAAGAAUACAACCAACUAAUAAACAUGCUUCCUGAAAUUUUGUUGGAAAAGUCGAAAGAUUAUCAUCCUUAA